AUGUUCCUCAACAACACAGACCAUCUAAAUAAAAAGUUUAAUGCUGACUUCGAGAAUCCAACCAUCAGAUGUUUGAUCAUCCCCUUAAAUGAAAGGAAUGAAUCAACUUAAUAAUAACAAAGCGGCUUUAAUUUAGACACUACACUACACCUAACAAAAAUAUUUGAGGAUUAUUAAUAGAAUAAAGGAAACAAAAUAAAGGGAUAUUUUGGAUAAGCUGGAUCUCAGCUUUCUCUGAAUUUUAAUGCAUUGGGUUAGUCAACUUUUCUUGAGAAUAAAAGUAAAAAUAUAAGGAUUUAACAUUAGGGUAUUUAAUAAAAAUUGUUAGUCACAGAGAAAAAAUAUUUUAAGUAGUAGGUCGAUGAAGUGAGAAAUUAUUUGCCGAAGUCUCCAGAGAUUUAAAAGUUUUCAAUGUCUUGGGAUAGCUAUGACUUAAUCAAAAAAUGCUAAAUCGAGCUUUAGUAUAAAUCUUAAAAGGAAGACUCAAAGAUUUAAACUGUAACAAAGAUAAAACCUACUGAAUGCAUAUUUGAACAGUAAAUUACGAAUUAAGAUAGACAAGGUGAACUCUAUUAAUAGUUUAAAGUAGAUAGAGAAGAUAAAAAUGUAUUAUUUGGACAAUAAAACUCUCUGAUGGUUUUAGCCUUUGAAUUCCAUGAAAUAUCCCUGCAUCAUCGUUAAAAUAUGGUUAAUUGGAUGCUAUAAGUCUUUAGAGUUCUUAAAGUUGUCACUCCUAAGACAUUUAUGCUAUCUGUAUAAAUAAUGGAUAAAUACUUUAAGAGAAACUAUGAGCUAUCUAAUAAGAUAAGUAAAGAAGAUUUGCACUUAGUAGAUCGUCUAAAAGUGUAAUUUUUCAGACAUAGAAUAAAACUUUGUUUAAUAAGUAGUGAAUCUCAUUGA